CGCCUGAGCCGACGACUACUAUUUCUUCGCACUCCCACACGCAUCAUAAGACCCGUCACUCCACCACCACUCCAACUCGGUCUGCACUGCGCACGCGCCGCCCAGCUACUACCCGUCACUCACUCAUAUAACGACUCCAGAGUCCAGACGGUCCAGGAAGCCAAUCGCCAGCCAGCCAGGAAGCGCGGCCGCACCAGUCCUGCACACGCCCAACGGCCUAAUAUUUGCGUAGCCGCUACAACCUACAGGAUUCUCGAUCCGUCAUCCAUCCGGUCCGGAUCUUGAUUCUUGCCAAGGCGUGCAAGAUUCCUGCUUCGCCGAGGUUAAAUUUUAGCCGCCGGCUGAGCUUCUGCGGAGAACCGGCAGGUUUGCUUGGUGCCCCCGAUUUGCCUGCUACUCGUGGCGCGCCGCUCCUAGGCGAAGGGAAGGAUCCGACUCAACAUGGCCGCCGCCGCUUCUACCAUGUCCCUGCUCCCGAUCUCCCAGCCCAGGAAGCAGCAGCAGCAAGGCGCGGGCGCCGUGGUCGUGUUCCAGCGGCGGCCCUGGGACGCGCGGCGGAGGCGAUACGUCGUCCCGACGGCGAGGUUGUUCGGGCCGGCGAUCUUCGAGGCGUCCAAGCUGAAGGUGCUGUUCCUGGGCGUGGACGAGGGCGAGGGGAGCAGCAAGCAUCUGCAUGCGCACCACCCGGCGCCGGCGCCGGCGCUGCUGCCGCGGACGUACACGCUGACGCACAGCGACGUGACGGCCAGCCUGACGCUCGCCGUCUCCCACACCAUCAACCGCGCGCAGCUGCAGGGCUGGUACAACCGCCUGCAGCGCGACGAGGUGGUGGCCGAGUGGAAGAAGGUGCGCGGCCGGAUGUCGCUGCACGUGCACUGCCACAUCUCCGGCGGACACUUGCUCCUGGACCUCAUCGCCGGCCUCCGCUACUACAUCUUCCGCAAGGAGCUCCCCGUGGUACGUACGUGUACGUGUGUACCUGUUCUGCUGCCCCCACAUGCGUGGAAACAUGUACACGAGGAUGCUGCAGAUUGCGAUUUGAUUUCUCCGCAGGGCCCUUGUUGUGUUCAGAUAAUCAGAUCGUUUAAGUCGUCAGUCACCGGCACCGCGGAUGCUUCUUAUCUUGCGGCUCUGCUUUUGGUGCAGGUGCUCGAGGCGUUCGUGCACGGCGACGGCGACCUGUUCAGCCGUCACCCGGAGCUGGAGGAGGCCACGGUGUGGGUCUAUUUCCACUCCAACCUGGCCCGCUUCAACCGCGUCGAGUGCUGGGGUCCGCUCCGCGACGCCGCCGCCCCCGCGCCCGCCGAGGACGACUCCACCGCGCCGGCCGCCGCCUCCAUCGCCAUGGAGGGCCAGAUGCCCGUGGGCGAGUGGCCGCACCGGUGUCCCCAGCAGUGCGACUGCUGCUUCCCGCCGCACAGCCUCAUACCCUGGCCGAACGAGCAAGACAUGGCCACCGCCGCCGGCCAGGUCCGACAGCAGUAGUGAAGCUGCACCUGUACCUGUACGUACGGAGGAAGAGCCUUUGCCGCAGCUAAUAAUACACUACUAGCGCGUUGUUUGGUUUGCUAUUGCUAGAUGCAAGCGUGUGCGUGCACCGUGCAGUGCAGGUGUGGAGUGGCGUCAACACCUUGCAUGCACGCGCUAUUCUUUAAUUGGUAGCUUAGCUCAGCUCAGCUCAGUUCCACUUCUACACCUUCGUAUUUGGAAGUAGCUUGGUUGAGGUUGGGGGAUGAACAUUGUGGUCUUGUUAUGGAUGCCAAACCUGCAAAGAAUCUGCAGGUGCAUACAUGUUGCUGCAAAGUGGCACUCGGCACUCGGCAGGCAAAGUAUCAUCGGAUGUAGUACUUACAUAUUUAUGUACUCCCCUUCCCAAAAGGAUAAAAUAAUGGUUUAAAUGGUUCACAUUUAAUCAAAUUUCUAAUAAAUAAUAUUUAUAUUUAUAGUCA